AGCUGGCCUUAUGGGACACAGCGGGGCAGGAGGACUAUGACCGGUUGCGACCCCUGUAGUAUCCGGACACAGAUGUAAUCCUCAUGUGCUUCAGCAUUGAUUCCCCGGAUUCCCUCGAGAACAUCCCGGAGAAGUGGACGCCCGAGGUGCGCCACUUCUGCCCCAACGUGCCCAUCAUCCUCGUGGGGAACAAAAAGGACCUGCGCAAUGACCCGCACACGCUGCGGGAGCUUGCGAAGAUGAAACAGAAGCCCGUGGCCCCGGAGGAAGGGCGCACCAUGGCGGAGAAGAUCAACGCCUACGGCUACCUGGAGUGCUCUGCCAAGACCAAGGACGGUGUGCGCGAGGUGUUUGAGACUGCAACGAGGGCCGCCCUGCAGGUCAAGAGGCCGAAGAAGACAAAGUGCGUUCUGCUCUAGAG